CAGGACUGUGGGGCCUGUUCUCCGCGCCGAGGGCGGCGGCGGCGGCACGAUGGAUAGCCCCGAGGUCACCUUCACUCUGGCCUAUCUGGUGUUCGCUGUGUGCUUCGUGUUCACGCCCACCGAGUUCCACUCGGCGGGGCUCACGGUGCAGAACUUGCUGUCGGGCUGGCUGGGCAGCGAGGACGCCGCCUUCGUGCCCUACCAUCAGCGCCGCUCAGCCGCCACGCUGUUUUGCCACUCCCUGCUGCCCCUGGGCUACUAUGUGGGCAUGUGCUUUGCGGCCUCGGAAAAGCAGCUCCUCUCCCCAGCCCAGGCCCCAGAGGCCUGGCGGCUCUUCUUCCUGCUGGCGGUGCUCCUGCCCGCCUCCGCCGGCGCCCUGAUCUACUGCUGGCACAGGGACGGGUGGGCCCACCACCCGCUGGCCCGCACCCUCGCCCUCUACGCCCUCCUGCACUCGGGCUGGCAGGACGUCGCUUCCUCUGUCAACACUGAGUUCCGGAGGAUCGACAAGUUUGCCACAGGGGCCCCGGGUGCCCGCGUGAUCGUGACAGACACGUGGGUGAUGAAGGUGACCACGUACCGUGUACACGUGGCCCAGCAGCAGGAUGUGCACCUGACCGUGACGGCGUCUCAGCAGCACGAGCUCUCGCCAGACUCGAACUUGCCCGUGCAGCUCCUCACCAUCCGUGUGGCCAGCAGCAACCCUGCAGUGCAGGCCUUCGACAUCCGGCUGAACUCCACGGAGUAUGGUGAGCUGUGUGAGAAGCUCCGGGCGCCCGUCCGCAGAGCAGCCCACGUGGUCAUCCGCCAGAGUCUGGGCGACCUGUUCCUGGAGACGUUCGCUUCCCUGGUGGAGGUCAACCCGGUCUACUCGGUCCCCAGCAGCCAGGAGCUGGAGGCGUGCAUCGGCUGCAUGCAGACGCGAGCCGGCGUGAAGCUGGUGAAGACCUGCCAGGAGGCGGCCGAGGGAGAGUGCCAGCAGUGCUACUGCCGCCCCAUGUGGUGUCUCACCUGCAUGGGCAAGUGGUUUGCCAGCCGCCAGGACCCGCAGCGCCCUGACACCUGGCUGGCCAGCCGUGUGCCCUGCCCCACCUGCCGUGCGCGCUUCUGCAUCCUGGACGUGUGCGCCGUGCGCUGAGUUGGCUGGGCCCGGGCGAGGGAGCCCCCUGCCAGCCCGGCCGGGGCCCCCACUGCUGCCUCGGGGAGCAGCCAGGCCCCCGGGCCCAGGGCCCCUCACCUGGCUGCAGGAGGACGAGGGCUUUAUUGUUAGAAAGGAAGAUCUCGCCGGAGUGUGGGCGGUGGGGUGGGUCUUCUGGGCCCUGCUGCCUUCAUUGCCGCUCCUCUGGGGGUGGGGGAUGCGGGAUGGCGGGGGCCGUCCCCAGGGUGUCGCACCCCUGGAGCUGUCUUUGGGCGGCCCUGGGGUCUGUCCCAGAUGGCCCUGACCUGGGCCACUUGCCUUAAUUUUAUGGAGCACACCACCCCUUGGUUACAAGCGACGCAGGUUCGUCCGAGACGGGCUGUGGUCGGCCCCCGGCGCCUGUCCCCACGCUGGCUGCUGGCCCCCGGAGGUUGCUCUGAGGACCUGGGCAGAACCUGGCAGUAGAGGGGAGACCUAGGGCAUCACCACCUGCGACAGCGCCACCUGGGGCGCCCUGGUGGCUGCUCCUGGGUGAAGGGGCCCCUACUUCCCCCUGCCCACGGGGACCUUGGGCUUCCUGGUGGGCUAGGCAAGGCCUGGCUGUGUUCAGGCGCCGGUCCCUUGGCUGUGUGCUCCUAGGGCCACUCAGCCUUUGGAGGGCCAUUGUCUAUAUGCCUUCUGCUGCCUCCGAGCCCAGGGCCGAGCCGAGCCUCCGGCUCCUGGCCAGAGAGGCACUGAACUGAAGACCAAGUGCCACAGUGACAUCCUGCAUCCACACAAACUUGUCAGGAUGCAGCACAGGACUGGCCACAGCCCACAGGGCCCACCUCGAUCAGAAGGGGACAUAUGCCCAGUGGUCAAGGCACUGGUCGGUGUCUCACCAGUCCCUGGCAGUGCAGGUGGUGGGGGGAGGGCAGUGCCAGGGCCCAGCUCGGACCACAUGGCUGCUGGAGCCCUCAAACUCGUGGACCUUAAGCCCCCCCUAAAACUGGCCACUUUAAGCAGAGGCGAUGGACCCAGCUACCCCCGGGAUUUGGAAGUGGAGGAUUUGUGGGCCCUGGGGGUGCCCGGCAGGUGAAGGUAUUAGAGGGAUGCCCAGGAGCCACUCCCGGCCUCCACCCGGAGUUUAAGGUGCUGCCCGGGGCGGGGGGCAGGGGCCGGGUUUACUACAGAAGGAAGUUACCUAGUUUUAUAAAGAUAAGUCUGUUGUAGCUAAGUGACAUAGUAUUCAAUAAAACGUUAGCCUCAAGGUAAACACACUUUUUCUCUGAGUGGAUUUUGCUUUUCCUGAUAUUCAAGCUUUGGUAACAGGUGGGGAGAAGCCACCUUAAAAAUGGCAGCAUUGUGUCGACUUCAGGGUGGGG